AGAUCAAUUUAGUUGUGAAAAAAAGAGAAGAAAAUGGCUGAAAAACAUAUCAAUAAAAUUAGUUACAGAUACGUUUUCUUUUGUUUACAUCGGCCACAUUAUUAUAUUGCGAUUGCCUUUUACUUUGUAUGUUCAAUGACAAUUAUUUUGUGUGAUCAAGAGAAAAGCUGUAAUGGUCUCUCGUGUUACAACGGAAACUGUACGAAAAACAACACAUUUUGUCAAUGUUUUGACGGAUGGACAGGAAUUUCGUGUUCACACUGUAUUGGAAGAGUAAGAAUAACGACAGAUUCAGGUGUUAUAACAGAUGGGCAAGGCAAUUAUUCUGUUGAUAACAAGUGCAUGUGGCUGUUAGAACCAGACUCAGGGGGCAAGCCGAUUAGACUGACAACCACACAGUUUGCGACUGAGUGUGGUUGGGAUCAUUUGUAUAUAUUUGAUGGAGAUUCCUUGUACUCACCAUUAAUUGCUGCAUACAGUGGUUUAGUUCUACCAGAUAUUGAUGUGAACAAUAGCCUAGAAGAAAUUGUUGCUCAUUCCGGGAAAGCAUAUCUAUAUUUCUACAGUGAUGCUGCAUAUAACAUGACAGGAUUUACUUUACAGUACAGUGUGGGCAAUUGUCCGAAAAACUGUUCAGGACAUGGGGAUUGUUUGGAUUCCGUGUGUGUAUGUGAAGCAGGUUACACUGGUUCAUCCUGUGAUAUAGAGAUGUGUCCUAACGCGUGUUCAGGGAAUGGUACAUGUGAACAAAGUAUAGGAAAAUGCUUAUGUUUUCCGCAGUAUAAAGGUUUAGACUGCAGUACAUUGGUCAGAGAAGAGUCAUUGAUCCGUUAUGAGAAUGCCAAUUCACCAGUGGGUAGAGCCUCUGCAGCCUCUCUCAUGGAUGGAGAUGACCUUGUUAUUUCUGGUGGAUAUGCCUUUGGACAGGUCAUAGAUUUCCUGAUUGUGUACAACGUUACAACACACACUUGGCGUAAUAUAACCCCAUUGUCUACAGAUAAUCCAGAAUUCUUGUACGGACAUUCUAUGGUCAGCUAUAAGGAUUGUUAUUACUUACAUGGGGGUGUGUCAGGACAACACAUUGAGAGUCGUCUUUGGAUUUACAAUGCUACACAGAACAUAUGGUCAUACAAAGAUUACAACGAAACAAAGGCUGUUGCUGGGCACACGGCAGUUGUUGUCAAUAACACCAUGUACAUUAUUUUUGGCCACAGUCCUGUGUAUGGAUACAUGAAUAGAGUACAAGAGAUUCUGUUAGACACAGAGGACCUUGAGAUGAGUACAGUGAGUACAAAUGGAGCUCUUGUAAAAGGUGGUUAUGGACAUUCCAGUGUAUAUUAUGAAAAGACUGGGGAGAUAUAUGUAUAUGGAGGAUAUAUCUCUGGGAUGAGCAGCACUCGAUACUCACUGACAGACAAACUCUAUUCAUAUCAUCCUGCCAAUAAGCAAUGGAAAAUUUUAGCGGGGAGUGGUUCAGUAAGAUAUCUUCAUUCUGCAGUAUGGCUCGGUGAGCUGAUGUUAGUGUUUGGUGGGAACACACACAACGAUACAUCCAUCAGUUAUGGAGCAAAAUGUUACUCUCCUGAUUUCAUGGCCUAUGAUCCAGAGUGCAACUCUUGGAGAUACCUGAGUUCUGUUGAUCUUUUGCCAAAUGGUGCUAGAUAUGGACACAUUGCUCAAGCUUAUACUGCCUCAGAUAGACCGUACAUGUAUAUAUUUGGUGGAUUCACUGGUGUGAUGGAAAAUGAUGUCAUGAUUUAUGAACCAGGAUCAUGUUCUGUUUAUACUGAAAAUACUACAUGUGUGAAUAGUUUGCCAGGGAGAGUUUGUGUGUGGACAGACAAAGGCUGUUUGGAUAGACAUGUUGCUCAAGAAGAAAACAUCACUGAUACUGCGCAAUACACAAGUUGUGAACCUUUAAAAGGUGCAGCCGAAUAUUGUAGCCAACAGAAGUCAUGUGGCUCGUGUCUGUCCACAGCAUUUGAUUGUAAAUGGUGCUCCAAUAAUUGCUCCACAUCAUGCUCUCUCACUGAAAAGUAUAUGGUUACAGCAGUGCGAGACUGUCCACAUAAGUACAACACAAUUUGUAAUAAGUUAAACAACUGCCACGCCUGUCUGGAACAUGAAGAAUGUGUGUGGGACAAAGUCAAGAGAUCAUGCAGCUAUAGUCAGCAAGAGCACCAUUCAUUCUUUGGGACUGAUGAUAAAAAAGAGACAAAGAAGGAAGUGUGUGAUACACCAUGUUAUCUUCAUAAUUCUUGUGAGAAUUGCACCAACAGUGCCUGCAUGUGGUGCGGCUCACAGCAACGAUGUGUCGAAACCAAUUCUUAUGUAGCGUCAUUCUUGUAUGGACAAUGUCAAGAAUGGGUCACAGAUAACAAAAAAUGUCAUGCGACACAAUGUUCAGAUGUUUAUACAUGUGAGGACUGUAAGUCUAACCCUGGGUGUGGUUGGUGUAAUGAUGUAAGCAACACUGGUCUUGGCAAGUGUGUACGGGGAUCAGCGUCUGGCCCUGUAGCCAUGAAUAACUCUACAGGAAAAUACGAUGUGGAUAUAGGAAUAUGUCCAGCUGAAAGAUGGCACUUCAUUAAAUGUCCUUUAUGUCAGUGUAAUGGACACAGUUCAUGCAAAAAUGUAUCUAACAAAUGUGAUGCAUGUCAAAAUCUCACUGAAGGGGAACAUUGUGAUACUUGUAUUGAUGGUUACUAUGGAAACCCCAAAAAUGGAGGCAACUGCACAGCAUGUAGCUGUAAUGGACAGGCAGACACAUGCAACAGAGAGACAGGUUCUUGUUACUGUAGGACACGUGGUGUCAAAGGUGACCGCUGUCAAGUAUGUGACUAUCAGAAUAACUAUUUUGGUAACCCAAAUGAUGGAGGAACAUGUUACUAUGACUUGAGGACAGACUAUCAGUUUACAUUCAAUCUGUCAAAGCAAGAGGACAAACACUACACUGGCAUCAACUUUAUGAACAUUCCUGUAGCUAAUGAUAGGGAUGUGGACUUCACACUGAAUUGUUCAGGGGAAGCUUAUAUCAACAUCACCUGGAAAUCAAAAUCACAUCCACAAGAACAGUACAAGACGAGAGAGUACAUGUGCACUUAUUUUAGGUCCAAGUUUGAACACAAAGAUUACAAUUUUGGACCUGAUGAUAAUGUUACAUUCUAUGUGUAUGUUUAUGGCUUUGCAACUCCAUUUUGGCUGCAGAUCUCAUUUUCACAGUUCCCAAAGAUUGAUCUGGUCCACUUUUUUGUAACAUUCUUUAGCUGUUUCCUGACCUUACUUAUUAUAGCGGCAGUGUUGUAUAAAGUCAAACACAAGUAUGAUAGUUACAGACGUAGACAGAGGAUGAUUGUUGAAAUGGAAGAGAUGGCAAGCAGGCCAUUUGCUACAGCAGUUCUAGAAAUAGAAAGACGUGCAGAAAAUAUUGGGGCAGAGAAAAAAGAGAUGAAUCCGGACCUGAGAAAGAGAAAACGACCAUCUCAUAAACCAGGUCAAAUAGCACUGGAACCGUUACACAACCAGAAAGCAGCAGUAUUGUCAUUAUUUAUACAGUUACCAUGCGGGGACGAGGAGUGGUCGCCACCUGGUCACACAGGACUGGCAAUUGGAAGUGCUUUAGUAGCAUUUGGACACCAAAGAAAACAGAGUGCAGAGUUUGUAAAAACAGAGAAAGCCAAACACAAGAAGCAUGCAUUUUCAGUACAUGAUACAAACGUCUAGCACUAAAAUUAACUUUUACUUCAUCAUUCUACAUAAACAGAAACUUAUCUGAUAAUGGUCCCUUAGCUGUGUAUCGUGUUUCCAGUGUAUUAUGGACUCUUAUGUGAUAAUUAAAAAAAAUUAGGGCCACACCUCUUGGUGGAACCGAAUAGUAAUCUCUCUUUGUCUGUCUGUCUGUCUGUGUUUGGAUACUGUGUUCUAAACAAUACAAAAAAUACUUGAAAGUUGAAGUUGGCCAAGCAAAAUUUCUUGGAAUUAUAUUUGAUAAAAGAAAUUUUAUAUCACAUGUAAAAUAUCAUCAAGCCAAGUGCUUCAGUCUUUAAAUUUGUUAAAGGUAUUCAUCAUGAUAACCAUUGUUGUUUUUGCCCAUCUUACUGCGUAUUGGUGAAACUGUAAAUUUCAAUAUUGUGUUUGUGAAAGUUUUGCAAAAGUAAUGUAAUAAGUUAAUGUAACAGUUUUACUUUAGAAUGUUCUAAUUUAUGUUUCUUAAGUACACAAAUCAUAUUUGCGAAAUUAAACUUUCACGUAUUUAAUUGUUAAGAAUUAUAUAUAAGGAAGAUACAAAAAAUAUGAAAUAGCUUAGCUGAUGUCUCUGCUGGAAUUUUGUGUCAAGAAAAAUAAAAUACCA